UACGUUUUAAUGUCUAUACUGCUUUAUUAAUGCAUGAAAGAUGAAUGCCAUCCACAUGGUUGUAUGUUUACUCAUAACAUUGCAUCAGCAACUUCGUUGUGAAGCUGUGAAGCCAAGACCAUGGUUAGAUGGGAAUGAAGUAGACAUGUCGGAGACCAUCGACAGGCAAAAAGUGAGAAAUGAACCGAGGAAACUAGGAAGAUCGGCAAACAGCUUUUACCAAGCCUUACAAAGAGCUAGAAAAAGGCAAAUUCAUAACACCGGCAUAUCGUCAAAUCAAAUGAAUACUGAGACAUCACUGAAGCGAGAACUGACCAAAUUGAAGCGACGACCGCGUUGGGCAAAAUGUUACUCGUGUUCAUCAAGUACAUCGUAUUCGUCUUUCCCUCCAUACUAUACAUCAAAUACAGAUGUAUCCAAUUACGCGGCCAGUCAAGUACAUUAUCUACAGAGGACAGUUGGUAAAAUGACAGCAACAAUUCGAAAAAUGACAGUAAAAAUGAGUAAUUUUGAAAAAUGGAAAUCGAAGUCUGAAGAUAGAAUGGCAUCGUUGGAAAGAUUAGUGCAGGACCUCAAGUUACAGACUCGUGAGCCAAUCACGAGUUCCACCAUAAAGAGAGUUGACGGCAUUACACGGCAAGAUGGUAACAUGUUGAAAGUAAGUAAAAACUUGGAAAAGCAUACGAUUGAAGAAGAAACGCAGACAUCUUCACCAACGAAAGAGGAAUUUAGAUUUCUUGUCCAACAGACUCGUACAAACGCCGAACUAAUAUCAAAUAUCACAAAACAUCUGAAAAUUAGAAGCGUUACAAUAAAGAGGCAGGUUGGACCAAAUGGACGAGAGCGGACACAUGAAAAUGACGAUACAGAACAUAGAACUGAGUCAACGCAUUCUUCUUGGCAGAAUAUUCGAGAGACAGGAGAUUUGUCGACCAUUAAAAAAGCUGUUGAUACAAUGAAUGAAACCUUGAUCAAGCAAGAUAGAAUAGUAAACACUCUUUACACAAGGGUCGGUAGAUUGCAACGUUGCUGUGGGAUGAACAAGUUAUUAGGAAAAAGAAUUGGUAUACAUGAAAAGAGAAUAAAAGAGGUUCAAAGUAAAGCUAAUAUCGCUUUGAAUUCUGCGAGACUAGAAAAUAGAAGAGUAGACACAAUGAAUGCAAAAUUGGAAAAUCAACGACGAAGUAUCAGGAUAUUACAAAAUGAAAUGCAGAAAUUCGAUACAAUUGCAACACAAUCAAAUCAAAGAAUGGUUGAUAGGUUGGAAACCAAUCUAAGGGGUAUGAACGAUUCUAUAAAUCAGUUGUACAAAGGUGGAUCACCAAGCAAACUUGCUGAUAUUGAAGAUCAUUUGGCACAAAAUGAUGACACAAUAAGUUCGUUCGGAAUUCUGUUGAGUCAACAAAUGGAUAAAAUUGUAUCUUGUCAAACCAGAAUAGAUGGAAUCGAAAUGAUACAAGAAGAUCGUUUCGACAGUUUGAAAUCAAAUAUAACUGAUGUUCGCAGAAGCAUAAUUGAAAAAGAUGACAAAACAAAUCAGCUAAUGAAUGAACUCAAUGACAUCCGUGCUAGUAUAAAAACAAAAGAAGCAGACUUUGAAGAAUCUAACAAGAAUCUAAAAUUAAGCAUGGAUCGUACAUUAGAGCAGGUGGUGGAGAAUAUUUACGAUAACAUAACCGAAAUCAAGAUAACAUCGCUUGAUCACGACGGGAGGAUUGAAAAAUUAAGUUUGGGUGUCGGAAACAUUCAAACUUUAAACCAAAGGACUGAUGAUAAACUGCAGUUAAUAGAUGGAAGAAUAAAUCACCAUGAUUCACUUUUUGGCACAACUGUAUCUGAAUGUCGUAGCGAAAUCACAGAGAAAAUAAACGAGUCAAAGGAGGAGAUGACUUCAAAUUACAACAAUAUUUUGGAUAUUGUAGCCUAUACCAAUGCUACAAUUGAAAUAUUACGAACUAAACAAAACGCUCUUACUACGAGGAGCAAUCGCGGAGAACAUAAAUUUAUGGAAAUUGACCAAAAACUUAGUGGAUUGGAAUCUUUACAGACCCGGCUGUCAAGCUCAUUACAAAUACUUGACGAUACAUUAGCGACCAAGAAUUCAGAACUCAAAACAAUCAUUGACGAAAAUACUGAAGAUAUAGAGAGAUUCAAAAGUCAUAUCCAUUCAAAUAUUACAAAUAGAAUCAAUAAGCUUGAAAACGAAGACACAGAUCAUCUAGAUUUAUUCAAAAAUAUUGAAAAGCGACUCUCGCAAUCCAACAAAAAAUUGACAAGCUUGAAUGAAUCGUUGAUGACAACAAAAACAAUCGAAAUGAUGGAAAUCAAGACAAAAGUCGGCCAAUUGAACGGAAUUACAUAUACAUUGGGUGGAAAAAUGAAACUACAGCACACUGAAAUAGAGGCCUCCAAGUUGUCUAUAGCCUCAAAUAAAAUCAGUCUGAGAGAACUAUUCAACACAACAAAACGCGUCUCAACCACUUUGCAAAACUCAAUUAGAUCACAAAACAACCGACAAGAUGGUAUUUCUGACAAAAUGGCCAGAAUUCAGGAAGGUCUAACAAAAAAGGCUGAAGAUAUUGAGAGGCAAAUGCAAGACAGAAUUAGCGAAACGGAACUCCGCGUUGCCGCAAUGGAAAGUAUGAACAUGACCCUGCAUAAUAAGGUGGAAACAUGUACGCAAGAAAUGCAAGCAGUUAAAGGAGGUAUGCGGUCCUUACAAGAAACAGAAGAUGCUGUUUCUGCUGCAAUAAACUCAUACCAAAACACAUUGUCAAAGCAAGAUUAUGUUGAACGAAACUUAACAAUUCUUUCUCAAAAGGUGCGACAAACCUUACAAGGGCAAGGAAUCGCUCUGAAGUCGAUACAACAAAUCAUGUAUAAAUUAAAUGAAAGUUUGGUAGAAAGUCAACAAAAUAUUCAACAAUCUUACACCGAACAACUGCAAAAUCAAGAUCAAGAUAUUCGUUCAAUGAGAGGAUUAAUGCAAAAUUUUUCGUCUCUUCUCACCGAAGUGUUGAAUGAUCAACUUUCACAUGACAUAAAUCAAGCAACGCUUUCUACGCGACAAAAAUCGUUGGCCCAAAAGUUUGAUUCUCAAUCGACGGUGAUCAAAGAAUUAUUUUCAACUAGUAAAAGAGCAAAUAUGGCAAUGGAAACGGUUAAAUCAUCACUGGCGGUGAAUACUGAAAGACUAGAAACAACUCUACUUGAGAUCCAAGAUCAUAAGAGGCAAAUUCGAUCAGUGGAUUUGAGAAUAGAAGAUUUGUUUGAGACUUGUCAGAAUAUAAAUUCAACUCAUACCAAAUCAAAUUUGGGUUUAAAAGCUACGAUCCAACAAAUGAAGAGCGGAUUUUCUGAUCUAAUAGAACAAGUGGAAGAAAUUGAAAAGGAAGAAGAGCUUAAUCAGAGAACACAAUCAGGCAAAUUGAAUCGUAUUAACGCAAAACUCCAAACACUGGGGAACGAGGUUGAAGCAAAUGGAAAUUCUAUAAGACAGAACUCAGCGAUGAAAAUGGAUAUCGUUUCGCUCAUGGCGUCCCAGAAACUUACAACUUCGCUUCUCCAACGGACAGAACAAUUAGAAAAUAAUGCAGUGAUAACUGAGUUUACUUUGACGACCAUUCAAGAUGAAAUAGAAAGACAAAUUCUUAAAAUGUCAAAAGAACUUUCGAAGGAUUUGAAUGCCACCGCUCACAAUUUUUCGAAAAUGGGCCACAGGAUGAGUAGAUUGUCAAACAAAUUAGUCAAUUUACAAGAUCAUCAUGAAACAACAGAUGUGAAUUUGCAACAUGCAUCCAGCAUACUGCAAGAUCUUACACAAUGGAAGAACCAGGCGAAUGAAGCCAUAGGAAAAGUCCAAGAGCAAGAUCCAAUAAUACAAUUUUUGAAUGAAACCCUAUUAAAGAAUACAAAAAAGUUGGAAGAACAUAACAAGAAAAUACAAGCACAUACAGACACUAUAAUAUUGAUAAAGAAAAACAGCUCAAACCUUACUUCGUUCAUACAGACUAUACCGGACCAAAUUGAGCAAUACGGUAGCAGCAUAUUAGCAACAACACAGCUUUUAGGAGAAAUCAAGGGCGGUCUUAUAAGUGUUGAAUCGUCGCAGAAAGUUGACAAAAUACUGAUGGAUGAAAUGUCAAUGAAGAUAUCAGGAAUAGAGAAAAACAUAACAACGAUCGGAGAUGAAAUCUGGUAUCUCACAAGCGAUGUUGAUUUGAACUAUAACUCAACACAGCAAAUAUUCGACCAGUUAUACAAGUACGAUGAACAGUUAAGCACCAUCAAUACGGAGUCAACUGCGUUUCUUUCGAGCCUAACAUCAUCGGUAGCAAGUUUGGAAUUUUCUUUACAAGAAAUAAACGGAACCUUCUCAUACGACUUGAACGAUUUAAAAAUAUUGGUCGAUGACUUCCAGGAUGCAUUUGAUACGUCCAAUCGUCAAUUAGCGAGACAUGGAGACGCAGUUCGUAUAAUGAAAGCAAAUACAUCGAAUCAAUUCAACCACUUUUCAACAAGCAUCGAUUACCUGACUCAGAUUGUACGAGAAAGCAAUGAAGCUGUCGAUGAAAACCGAGAUCGACUGGAAGCUUUGAAUGAAACAAUGCUUUUCCUCAGACUGUCUAUUCCAGCUUUGCUGGCGACGGGAGUAGACGAAGGACUGUUCCAAAUUCGAAAUACCACUAACGAAGGAACGCUGUUUUCGCUGAAUGACUUAGCUACUAGAUCGUUAAAAGGAAAUAUACCCAGACGUGGAGGAGAAGAAGACGAAUUUAUAGCGCAAGCAUCAGAAGGACGGGAUCGAAAAAGAAGUGGGCUCAAUUUGGAAGCAGUAUUAAAUGGAGAUGCCGAUGAAAUGAGAGUGAACAGUAGAGUGGAAGCUUGGAUGGCAGGAGGAUCGGAUGGUUUCGGCGAUGAUGAUAAUGAUGACAGUUACUUGAACGAAUUUGAUUUUGAAACGUUGGAACGAAGAAAAAGAGUUGCAAACCGAGAGGACAAGCGAAUGUUGAAGUUAUUGAGAAGGAUGGGCCCUUUGCAAGCUAAUUUUCAUGGUGAAGAAAGAAAAAAUAACAAUCAAAAAAUGCCACUUCAAUCGACUACAUCGGCCGGAUUUGUCGGAAAGAUCGCAUUCAGUGCUGGAUUGACGAAAACACAUUAUUGCUGCGGAGUCGUCAAGUUCAAUCACGAAUUUGCAAAUUACGGUUCAACAUACAAUUUCAUCACAGGAAAAUUCACAGCACCUGAAAAUGCUCAUUAUGUAUUCUUUGUCACAGUGAUGGACGGAAACAGCUAUCUCAACGCUGCCAUAGUUAUGAACGGAACCCCACAGAUUUCAUUACAAAUAAACAACAGUGCAAAAGAUUCUGAAGAAAGUCAGUCGACAAAUACUGUCAUAUUACCUCUAUCAAAAGGUGAUGAAGUCUGGGUGGAAAUACUUUCAGGAUCACUUCUCGGUUACCAAUAUCCUGCUGUGACAUUCUCAGGAUUUUCACUUGGUUGAUGAAAGUCUCGAACAUUUCUGAGAAAUCUUGUUACUGAUUCUCCGGUGGUUUAGAAGAAUCGAAUACCAUGGUAGAGUUUUUGUUUAAUAAAUGCGCAUGUUUACCUCAAAUACGAAAAAAAUAUUGUUGAAACAGAUUUCCAGCAUCCGGCAACCAUAUACUGCCAAUCAAGAUAGAUUGAUCGACGAUGGACGCACUAUCUACUUAAUAA